AUGGCCGUCGAGCUCGCGGAGAGCCCCGUCACGAAAGCGAACCUUCUGAACAACGUCGCCGUUGCCUUACGGCUCAUGUUCACCGCCACGCGGUCUGCGUCGCCCAUCGAGGAGGCCGUUCUUGCUUACGAGCAGGCCGUUGCUCUCGUCGCGGAUGGCCACGCCAACAAGCCCUUGUUCUUGAACAACCUGGCUAAUGCCCACCUCUCUCACUAUGAGGUCUCUUCCGAGAUCAGGGAUCUGGAGAAAGCUCUCACUGCUGUGGAGGCUGCUAUGCUCUUGAAUCCUGAGGCUGACCCCCAGAGGGUUGAUAGGCUAUCUACUCUGGGGCAAAUCCAUUACACAAUGUUCUUGAGGUCUCAUGAGAGGGCUGGCAUUGACAAGGCUAUAUCCUCUCUGCAGGCUGCAGUGGACCUUGCUCCUGAUGGCUACCUCAAGAAGUCUGGUUUUCUCACCAACCUAGGGAAUGCUUAUCAGAAGAGAUUUGAUCACUUUGGGGAUGUGUCAGAUAUCAGGAAGGGCAUUGAGGUCCUAUGGAGCAUCACACACCUCACACCUGAUGACCAUCCUGAGAAGCAUCUUCAACUGGGCACUCUGGGUGGUGCAUACCAGUCCCUCUUCACUCAUACCCAAGAUCUCUCUGAUCUAGGCCAGGCUAUCUCCUUGAAACAGAGGGCUGCAGAUCUCUGUGUUUAUGAUGACUAUAACAAGAUGAAGCAUCUCAAUAACCUUGCCAAUGCUCUCCAGAUACACUCCCAGAUACACUCUGGACAGAUAGGGGAUUCUUCAGGCAUGACUGCUGCUCUAGCUAUGAGAAGAAAAGCUGUUCAGAUUGCCCCAGCUGGGACCCUCAUAGAGAACUCAGUGCUCCUCAGUAAUCUGGCUGGAGUUCUGGAAGAGAACUUUGAACAUACUUUAAACUUGCCAGAUAUUGAGGAUGCCAUCUCCAUUCAGGAGAAAGCUGUUGAGCAGACUCCUAUCUCUCAUGCAGACAGACCUGUUAGGCUGGCUAUUCUUGCCAAUGCAUACAGGCUGAAAUUCCUGCACACUAGCAAGCUGGCAGAGAGUGAGAAAGCCAUAGACAUCAUGGACCAUGUACUUGCUGCUGUACCCAGGAAUCAUCCUAGGAUGGUCAGCUUCCUGCAAAUCUUGGGAACUGCCUUAGACAAUCAAUUUGAACAGACUGGCCAUCUGGCUGAGUCUGAUAGGGCUGUCAAUGUCCUUGAACAAGCUGUUGAGCUUUCUGAGAAGGGUUCUAUGGAUGCUAUCUUCUCAAUGAGUAAUCUUGGAGUGGCUCUAGACCACCGCUUUCAGCAUAUCAUGAACAUCAGUGAUAUUGAUAGAGCACUUGUACACAAACAAACUGCUUUGAGCUUGAUACCACAGACUCACAAGCAUUUGGCCAAGAUACUGAGUAAUCUUGGGAUUUCCUACCUGCUGAGAUAUGACAGGCUGCACAAUCCUGCAGAUAUUGAGGAAGCAAUUGAGUACCAAAAAUUUGCAGUUGAGAAGACAGAUGUGGGCUCAGCUCAGAUGGCCACAAGCCUCUCAAAUCUUGGUACUGCAUAUCAAACACACUAUCAGCAUGCUCAGGAGGUCACAUACCUACAGGAGGCUAUCUCUUGCUAUCAGAGAGCUAUUGCAUCUUCUUUAGAUGAUGCUACAAAUCUGGCAAUCCACCUGAACAACCAUGGUGCUGCAUGCCUUGAAUAUGCUAAGCACACUGGACUUCUGUCAUACCUUGAUGAGGCUAUCAACAGCUUGGAGAAGGCAGUGGGUCUUGUACCUGAUGGACAUGCUAUGAAGCCUGCAUAUCUGGGCAACUUGGCAAAUGCCCACUUCCAUUACUACCAGAAGGAUGACACACAGUAUUCUCAUGCUGAGACUGGGAUCGAGCUGAUGACCCAUGCUGUCCAAUUGACCCCUGAGCACCAUGCAAGGAAGGUAGAGUGCUAUCAUGAUCUUGGGAACAAGUUCUUUGUCCAGUACCAACAUACUCUGGACAAGAAUGACUUGCACUUUGCCAUUGUCUACCACCAUGCUGCUGCAACAGCCUUCACUGGGAGCAUAGCUACCAGAUUUGCAGCUGCUAAGAUGUGGGCACAUUGUGCUUUCCAGGAUUCCUCUCUCCAUGAUGAGUGUCUGGAAGCAUAUAGCUGGGCAUGUAGCCUACUACCUAAGCUCAUAUGGCUUGGUCAGAAUAUGACUGAGCAAUAUAGACAGAUUCUAUCUCUGCAAGAUUUUGUCAAUGAGGCAGCAUCCAUUGCUAUCAUGCUGAAUAAGCUUGAUACUGCUGUUGAGUGGCUAGAGCAAGGCAGAUCUAUUGUCUGGAAUCAGCUCCUACAGCUCAGAGCACACUAUGAGGAACUGGAUGAGCAAUAUCCUGAGUUGGCCAAGGAGCUCAGAUCUGCAGCUCAAGCUCUGGAGAAAGAAAGCAUAUCUCAGUCAAAUGCAAAUAUUGCACAGAGCUCUGUGUUUCUCCAUGAAGCUGCUGCUCAUCAUCACCAACUUGCAGAGAGAUGGGAAUAUUUGCUGAGGGAGGUACAAGCAAAACCAGGCUUCCAUACCUUCCUCAAGCCCAAGUCCUUCAGAGAUAUACAUUCUGCAUGCAAGAAUGGUCCUGUCAUCAUGGUGAAUGUACACAGGCUGAGAUGUGAUGCUCUGAUUCUUGUAUCUGGGCAAGAGUCUGUUGUGCAUGUUGCACUGGAAAACUUCACUUCUCACAUGGGAUCUGAAAUGCAGCAUGCUCUGCAUGGUGUUAUCUUGCAAACUGAGGUCCAGAUGCGUGAGACCAGGCAGUCUAGACAGGCAAAGCUUAUCUCAGCAUCUGGACAGCCAAAGCACUCCCUGAGAGCUAUCUUGGCUAUACUAUGGCAUCAUGUUGCACAGCCAAUUAUCCAAGCCUUAGGCCUUCAGUGUCUCCCUGAUGAACAGAAGGCCCAUUGCUGGUGGUGUGUCACAGGACCACUUGCUAUGUUGCCUAUCCAUGCUGCAGGACUAUAUGAUGGUCACAGCCCUAGUGAUCAAGUCUCAAGCUAUAUGGUGUCAUCAUACACCCCCACCUUAGCAUCAUUGACAGCUUCCCUUCAUGCUGAGGCUUCAGAGUUCAAGGGGUUGUUGAUGAUAGCUCAGCCUCAGACUCCAGGCCAACCACCCUUGUACUUUGCAGCUGAGGAACAGUCUGUUGUGAUGAGACACAUGGAUGCAUGUCAUACCCUGAAUCACUACCUCAGUGGCUCAGCAGCUACUAUAGAGGCAGUCCUUGAUGGGCUCUCUACAUGCAGCUGGGUUCAUAUGGCAUGCCAUGGGACACAGAAUCUGCUAGAGCCUACAAAGAGUGCCUUCUGUCUCCAUGAUGGCUCUCUGGAGCUCUCAGCCCUGAUCACAAAGUCCAUCCCACAUGCUGAACUUGCAAUUCUCUCUGCUUGCCAGACAGCUACUGGGGCAGCCAACCUCUCAGAGGAGGCAGUUCACCUUGCAGCUGGCAUGCUGUUUGCUGGAUUCAAGUCUGUCAUUGCUACUAUGUGGUCUAUCAGAGAUGAGGAUGCACCUAUCAUUGUUGAGGAGGUAUAUUCAUACCUAUGCAAGGACAACAGACCUCAUGGUAGCAAGUCUGCCCUAGCCCUGCAUGUAGCUGUGAAUAGGCUCAGAGAGGAGAUAGGGGUCAUGGACGAUGCUGCUCUUCUUGCUUGGGUUCCCUUUAUUCAUGUAGGACUGUAG